AUGAGCUCAGUAUUGUCGAGGGGCAAGAAAUUUGCUCCAAUGCCAGAGAAGAAGGGACGAAAUUUACGGCAAAUUGAAGAGCAAUUCCGAAUGUUGGAUGAUAAGGAGAAGAGAAUUAAUGAAUAUUAUGAUGAACGAAAAUUGAAUGUAGGAAGGCCCAUGGAUGAUCAUGACGAUUUAUCGUUCAUCAUGAUGGCUUCUGCAAAUGUAAAUUUACAAACGUCAAACUUUUGGGAUGUGAUUAAGGAGAAGCAGGAAGCAACAUCAAGUAAAUACCACGACAUGAAAUUAAAGGAAAGUGGAACGAAAAAGACGAGAAAAUUAAUUGAAGUGCCUGAUACUCUUGUACAUUAUCGCUCUCCUCUGCACAUUCAGCAAAUAGAGAAAAAGAAGGCCUUUCUAAAGACCUCAACACCAACAACACCAACCGAAACCAAACCUAAUCAUGAUGAUACAUUACAAAACGAGAGUACAACAAAUUCUGAAGGUAUCUCUCUCAUGGAUCGAACUGCUUUGGAAGAUGUAGAUCGCUCGCAAGAAAGCAGUGCAAUACCAAGUCCUGUGUUUAAAGUGACAAGUUCUUACACUGAUCUGAACCAACAGUUAGCGGAGGUAUUUGCAUUUGAAAUUCGAGUUCAUCAAUUGGCUGAGCAUCCCAAUGCACUGUUUGAUGUAAAAAUUUAUGAUGAGCUUAUGCCUAUUGAGCGAGUGACAAUCAUGAAAGAUUUACGGAUCAACCGAGAUUGUUUUAUCAUUUUCAACGAACCAAGCAUGAUAAAAUUCAACGCCCUAACACUGCCAUGGGUGGAGAGCCCUGACGAGCUUAUUAAUCAAACUUUGGUGGUGGAAGUUCAAGGCACAUAUCCCUCAAAAACUCGAACGGCUAAAAGCUCCAUUAAAUUCUCUCAUAAAUCUCACCACGAAAAACCAAAGAUUCAAAUACCACCUCUCCGUGAUGCCUCUUUUUUAAGAUCCAGAAGUCCCUCACCGACUCAACGAGAGAAAUCCAACAAGAGUCUCCUGACUGAUCUUGGAGCACUACCUUUUUCCACCUCACCUGCUCAUACCAAUGAAGAAGAGCUUAAACGUUCUCUGAGUUGCCAAUCCAUUCCACAUCCUCCCUCUGCUCGUCCAUUGGCACCCAUCGAAGAAGUUGACGAAGAUGCCAUUCAACGAAAACUCGAGCGAAUGAACAGCCUUGAAGGGCCUCUUUCUCCAAGUGCUCAGCGUUACCGCGAACUUCAAUUCAUGAGAGAAAAUAUGAAGCUGAACUUGAAGUUGCACCAAAAGUUAUUGAGCUGA